GUUGCUGACUGGAGGGGCUGAUAAGGCGGCUCCUGCCUUGUCUUCACACCUCCUCCGUGCACGGCCACGCGUCUCGGCGCGGCCAGGAAGCGCGCUCACGUCGGCGCGUCCACCCCUCCGUCGGCGCACACACGGUGGAUGGGUGUCGGCGUGAAUGAUGCUGUAAGGUGCGUGGACGCAUGCAAAAACAUUCCAGGAAUGCAAUAACCUCCCCCGGAUGACUGCUUCAACUCACCACCGUAGGGGAAGCAGGCUGUUCCUGAGCGACAGAGGUGAUGUAAUGGCAGAGCUGGCAGGCGGGACGGAUCAGUGCAGGACGUCCACUGCUGUCUAAAAUCACUGCAGGCCACGCUGUACACACCAAACAGAAUGGAUUUCCCCAACUGCACUGAAGGGGUGUUUGCCACAAGCAGUGGCGGUUACGAUACACUGGAGACCGCCAGACAGCCUCCCAAGAAGAUCCUUCUGUCAGUGACCCUCUCCGUGCUGGCCAUCCUCACCACGUUCCUCAACUGCUUGGUGAUCACCGCCAUCGCUGUCACGCGCAAGUUGCAUCACCCGGCCAACUACCUCAUCUGCUCCUUGGCGGUGACCGACCUGCUGGUGGCUGUGCUGGUCAUGCCCUUCAGUAUCAUAUACAUCCAGAAAGAAAGCUGGGUGAUGGGUAAGGCGGUGUGCACCCUCUGGUUAAGUGUGGACAUCACGUGCUGCACUUGCUCCAUCCUACACUUGGCUGCCAUCGCCAUCGACCGCUACAGGGCUAUUACCGACGCCGUGGAGUACUCACGCAAACGUACCGGGGCCCGGGCGGGAGCCAUGGUGGCGGUUGUGUGGCUGUUGUCCAUCCUCAUCUCGCUUCCUCCUCUUCUGUGGCGGCACUACACUGGAGAUGCAGACCAGAAGGACCAGUGCAUCAUCCUCCACCAUCACAUGGCCUUCACCCUCUACGCCACCCUCGGGGCUUUUUACAUCCCCCUCCUGCUCAUUCUCAUCCUCUACUAUAAAAUCUACCGGGCUGCUCAGACUCUUUACAUGCGUCGGGAGGCCAGCCGGGCGAGCCGUCACUCCUGUAUGACCAACGGGAGCAUGAUCCCUUCGUCGUACCCCUCUGGAGAUAUAGAUGGAGGGCCUCGGAGUCCGGAGCCGGUGAGCCCGCAAGAUAAGUCUUUCUCCGAUCCCUCCACUGAAGAGCCCCCACGCGAACGGGUGCGUAUUUCGGUGAAAAAGUUUCACUGCAAGUCCCGUCGGCAUGACUCACGCAGUGAGUCACGGAGGAGCCAGCUUUCCCAAGGACCACGCAUCUCAGGCUCCCGGGAGCGCAAGGCUGCCUCCACGCUGGGCUUGAUCAUCGGUGCUUUUGUCAUUUGCUGGUUGCCCUUUUUUGUCAAGGAGGUGAUUGUCAACACAUGCAGCUCUUGCAGCACUUCCGUGGAGAUGGCAGACUUUCUCACAUGGCUGGGUUACCUCAACUCGCUCAUCAACCCCCUUAUCUACACCAUCUUCAAUGAGGACUUCAAAAAGGCUUUCCAGAGACUAGUCCGAUGCAGUAGUUACCUCUGAUGGUUAAUGCGGGAAGGAUCUCCAUGCGGUGAAUGGUACAAAUGGACGAUUGGAGCAGAGGGAAAAAGGCUGACUUGCAUGAAAGGGAGAAAAAAAUCUCCAAGCGGACACAUUCGUUUUCAGACACACUCCACGAGGCACUUGAGCAACCUCAAAGCAUCAGCAAAAUGAUUUGCGUCAAAGAAAUGUCCACAUCCCAUUUCCUGUUAUAAAUAGAAUAGCCUGAGAUCUUAUUGAUGUUAAUUGAACAUUGACAUGCUGUUUUUUUCUUUUAAAUGGACCUUUUACAUGCCAAGUUUUUCAGCACGGGUGAUCCAUUUACAGGUCUGAAAUAGCAAUCUCUUCUAUUAAAUGGCCUCUCUUCUUUCUUGUCCAAGAUGCUGACUGAAACACAGAAUGUAAAAAUGUAGAAGCGUCAGGGUGGAUGUUUUUUAAAACCAUUAUUGCACUGAUUGGUCACAGACAGAGGCGGACUGGCCAUCGGGGGAAAUGGGACCUUCCCCAGCAGGCGGAUCAAUAAUUGGCCGGUUGACGGACGUUUGUUAAAUUUAGAGUGGAAUCUCGGUUAGCGUUAUAACAGUAAUCCAUCCUUAAUAGCAGUUAAUUGGUAUGCAGAGCCAACUGUGAUAAGUGAAUUACCAUGAAGUAGGAUUCCUUAUUUACUGUAUACAUGGAAUAUUUUCAUGUUUAGAGCAUAGAAAACCUGUUUACAACCUUCUAAACAGAGCCAUCGAGAAAAAGUGAUGAAAUGACACCCCUAUAGUCACCUUUACACUCCUAUUACCCAAUAUAUUAGACAUAAUAACCGAAAAUAAGACAUUUAAGACAUAAAUAAGACCCGUACUCAUGUGUGUUGCUGUAAAUAUGUUCCGGUGUGGGGCAGGAAGUGAUGUCGGGGGUUCAGAGUUGAGUUUUAGCUUGGUGUAGCCCGUGUUAGGGAUUAUUGCGCCUGUUGUGAGCUCAUUCAAACCUACAAUAAAAGCCUGUUGUUCCGGCGAUCAAGUAUGGUGCUUGUGUGUCACACCCAACAUUACAGUAACUUCACACCGAGUGAUCAAUGUAGAAGACUACAUAGCAUCACCGCAUUUUUGAAUGUGUCUUCUGAAUGCCUUAUAUUUGUAUUUUACUUCAUUUAGCCAUUUUUAUGCUUGAUAAUGCUUCAUUUAGGCAAAAGUGCAUAAAAUUUGCUUAAAUAUGCAUUUUUGUUUACCAAUAAGAGGCCGUAUUCAACCACAAAACAGCAUGAUUUAUUAAGUAAUACAUUUAGAAAAAACUGUGAUAGAGUGAAGUCGCAAAAUUUGCGAAAAAGCGGCAAGGGACGACUGUAAUCCAUCCCAAAAUGUCCGACUUGAUUUUACUUUAAAUUACAUCCGGUUUCCAUUAUGUUCACAUGCUAUGUCGUUUUGUGAUUUUUUUAAAAACGCAUUACAAACACAGUUGGACUCGUGCGGUGUAUUAACAACGCGACGAAAGAAAACGUGCGCAAACCGAGUCAAAAUUUUGGCUUCAAUUUGCGACGUGAACCGAAAAGCAUGGUAACCUGAGCGUACGCUAACCGAGGUUGCACUGUAUUUUGGGGUUUUUUGCUGCGCCUUGCCUUGGUAAGUACAGUAACGAGCUCUGUCACCAAGUAGAGAAUAAAAUCACAGACUUUACCACCAGUCCAUGUUGGUGUAAUGGUACACCAAAGCAGAGGGCAAGCGUUCAUUCCCAGGAGAAGGCUUGUAAUAGGUGACAUUUUUGUCCCAGUCCAUCCCAGGUUUCAGAAAUAUGUGUGCAACAUGGUUAAAUCAUUUGUACACUGUGGUUUUCUUUGCUGAUUUAUGUGAGGAUGGAUUGGAGUAGAUGUUCUCUGAUCCGAUAUUGGGUAAUUGUAUUAUUACUGAAAGAGCAGCUGUGUGAAAUAAACUUAAGGGCCGAUAAAGUUUGAACAGAGUCAUUGUUCUAGCGCAACUGAUUGACUAUUUUUGCACAAAUUGUAAUUUAUGUUUCUUCGCUGGAGGUAUAUAUUUAUUUAUUUACCUUGAGAGCGUUCAGCACCCUCCAUCCCAUCUCACUCCCACCACUUAGCUAGCAUUAAGUUAAUGAAUGUGAAAAUCACUGGUGGAGAAAUCCUCAUUACGCCCACUCAAGUACUUGAGAUAGAACUACUACAGCUUUACUGCCUCCAAGAGGGCAGAUGGUGUGUUGAUGGAAAUAUUGGAGAUGAGUCAAGUGCGAGGGUGUACUAUAUGAUAGACCUUCCAGGUAAAGACAAGGUGUCUCAUACUGUGUCUUAUGAGUGGUUGUUGUGUAAAGUUCCUUUGUUUGUUUGUAUGUCACCUUCUCAUAAAAC